CCCUAUUUUUUUCUUUUUUUUUUUUUGUUUCUUUAUCUUCCCCUUCUAUUGAUAUCUUUGCCGUCGUCGUCGUCGUCGUCGUCGUCGUCGUCACCGCUGUCGCCGCCGCCGUCGUCGUCGUCGUUCGACGUACAAAUUUUCUUACAUCUACUUUUGCGAACGUGCCAUGAGUGGUGGUAGAGCCAAUGGCAGUGAGAGCAGGGGACGAAGGAAUGGCCACGUGCUGGUGUGGGAACAACCGGGUUUGGAAGAGAACGACAAGCCGGUGCGAAAACGAAGAGGCCUGGUUGGAACACGUCACGUAGUAACUUUUAUGAUUUUUCUUGGCAUGGCAAAUGCCUAUGUAAUGAGGACCAAUAUGUCUGUGGCGAUCGUUGCUAUGGUCAACCACACGGCUAUCACGGAGCAUCAAGAGAUUGUUACGAACGAAUGCCAGAUCGAUUAUACCAAUAAUAGUACGUCAGACAACAGUCAUAAAGAUGGUGAAUUUGCCUGGGAUACUAAAAAACAAGGCUAUCUAUUGAGCUCAUUUUUUUAUGGAUAUGUUAUUACUCAAAUACCUUUUGGUAUACUUGCCAAGCGUUAUGGGUCUAAAUAUUUUCUUGGCGUUGGCAUGCUGAUAAAUUCGUUAUUUGGACUAUUAGUUCCAGUUUCGGCACAUUGGGGUUUUCCUUGGCUAAUGGUAGUUCGAUUUAUUCAAGGUUUAGGCGAGGGUCCAAUUGUGCCUUGCACGCACGCAUUGUUGGCAAAGUGGAUACCACCAAACGAGAGGAGCAGAAUGGGAGCCUUCGUCUAUGCUGGUGCUCAGUUUGGUACAGUCAUUUCAAUGCCAUUAAGCGGUUUGCUGUCUGAAUAUGGAUUUGCUGGUGGUUGGCCAUCAAUAUUUUAUGUCUUUGGCGCUGUUGGUACUAUAUGGUGUAUAGCUUUUCUCAUUAUGGUCCAUGAAGAUCCAGAAAGUCAUCCGCAUAUUUCUGAAGAUGAAAAAAAGUAUAUACUUAGUGCACUGUGGGGAAAUGCUGGAGCAUCUUCUCCACCUGUACCUUGGAAAUCAAUUGUUACUUCAUUACCUUUCUGGGCUAUCUUAAUGGCACAUAUGGGUCAAAAUUAUGGAUAUGAAACGUUAAUGACGGAACUUCCAACGUUUAUGAAACAGAUUUUACAUUUCGAUAUUAAGUCUAAUGGUACUGUUUCAUCUCUUCCUUACUUAGCUAUGUGGAUCUUUUCAAUGUUAAUUAGUCAUGUUGCCGACUGGAUGAUUUCCACAGAUAAAUUUAAUCAUACUGUUACGCGUAAAAUUAUUAAUAGCAUUGGUCAAUAUGGGCCAGCUGUAGCAUUGGUAGCAGCAUCUUACACAGGUUGUAAUCCGUGGCUGACAAUAAGCCUUCUUACUAUUGGUGUUGGUUUAAAUGGUGGUAUUUAUUCUGGUUUCAAAGUGAACCAUCUUGAUAUCUCUCCAAGAUUCGCAGGAGUUUUAAUGUCUUUCACCAAUUGUCUUGCUAACUUGGCCGGAUUACUUGCACCUAUUAUAGCUGGCCAUAUUAUCGUUGGAACGCCAACUCAACACAAAUGGAGGAUUGUCUUUAUGAUAUCAGCAGGUGUUUAUGUCGUUUGUGCUACAUUUUAUGUCAUAUUUGGUUCUGGGCAAAGACAAUCUUGGGAUAAUCCAGAUAAAGAUGAAGAGAAAAAUAACAGCAAAGAAUUAGAGGGUGUGAAAACAGUAAACGAAACUCAACAUUAAUGUGAUGUAAUAAUACUUGCCAUGGUAUUUAAUUUUUGCCAUCACAGCUCAAUGUUAAACAUGUAAAUGAGUUCCAGGCUAUCACUUCUGCCUAUAUACAUUCAUUCCCUCCGUUAUCAUUUAGCCAUGCAGGAUGAUUGCGUUACAUCAUAGUAUCUGACAAUAAGUUAAUCUCGAGUUUCUUUCUUUCUUUCUUUCUUUCUUUUUUUUUCUCUUUUUUUUCUCUUUUUUUUUUUUUUUAGUACGAAGAGUGUUUUUAUAGCACUGGUCUUUGCAUAUCAGAAUAUCCCUGAUGUUUAUAUCGUAUUGUAAAUGUUGUAUUCAAUCAACAUUGUCAUUAUUUCAUAGAGUGCGUGUUGAAUAAGAGAGAGAAAGGCAAAGAGAAUAUAAGAGAAUGCAUGGAUACAUAGAAAAGUGAGAAAAAUAGAUGACCAUAUUAACAUAUUCUUCUGUAAGGAUAUGUAUCUACGUUUAUAAAAUCGUCAAAUUUCAAAACACAUCUUUAAAGAUAUUACAGAAUUCUGGAUUUAAUUGGCCACUUAAUGGUAAUUAUUUAUUCAUAUCCUAAUUUUUAUAUAAUGAAAUUAUAAAACUUUAAGAAGCAUCAAAUAUGAUACAAAGAUAUAGAAACAGGACCUUAAAAGAAAAAAGAUAAGAAACUACUGGAUAAUGCUUCAAAUUAUUUUCAUCAAUAUUCUAAUCUUGUUAAAGUAUUUUCUUUUUUCUUUUCUUUUUUCUUUUUCUUUUUUUUUUCUCUCUUUAUGAAAAAUUUUAAUUCAAUUACAUAACACAAAAUUGUGAUCUGAUAGAUUUACGUAGUUGAAGUAUAAACAAAAAAAUAUCAACUAGGAUCUAUAGAUCUUUAGAAUCUAUCUAUAGAUUUUAUAUUAAUCUAUAUAUAUCACAUUAACUUGCUCAGCGUUAUUAUUAACAAAGAUACACAAAGAUAGAUAGAUCAAUGAGUUUUGUAUAGUAGUUUAGAGAAUAUCUAAUUUGGACAUUAGUUUGAAAAUUUUUAUAUUUUUAAUAAACACAAUUUAUACUUAUUUUUAAUAAAACUAAUUUAUACUUAUUAGAAAAUCAUUGUUAUAUAAUAUAUUUACAUGAAUUAACAUUAAUAAUAUUUGUCCAAAUUAGAUAAUUAACGAAGUUGGCAGCAGUAUUAGAGUAAAAGUUCUCAUUUGUUCAUCUUUCCUUUUCUUUUAUUUUCUUUUCUUUUCUUUUUUUUUCGUUAUAUCACAAACAGUUUAUUAUCAUUUUGUAUUGUGUCAGGAUGGAAUGAUUGUAAAAACGGUUGAAAAAAAAACUGCGGCUGCAGUUCUUUAAAGUUGUUAUGAAUAUUGCACGAUGCAAUAAUGAUUUAUACAUAUUGUAGAUAGUUGCACGAGAUCCUAUUAAGUUAUAGACUUUAGAUGAGUUUUUACUCGUAGUUAUUUAUAUAUAUAAAAAAAAAAAAAAAAAAAAAAAAAAAAAGAAAUAAGAAUUAUUACCUCUGUCACACUUUAAAUUUAAGUUAUAAAGUGGAUUUGUGCCUGGAUUUAGUAGGAUGCAUUUUUCUAAUAAUUAAGGUUUUUCUUUUUCAUUUCCUUUUUUCUUUUUUUUUUUGUUUUUUGUUUUUUUUUUUUUAUUUUUAUUUUUUUUAAGUAGCACAAACUUUUUGUAAUCAUUUAUGACUCUAUUAUGUUCAGUUUCAAUAUCACAACCAUUUAAUUAGAAUUUAUAAAGGAGGACCAGAAAUACAUUAUCGAUUAUAAAAAUAAUUAUUAAAAUCAACAAGAAAAGUCAUUAAUUUUCAAAAAUAAGGAUAAUCAUGUCUUCCAAUUAUUUAAAAAUUUACUAUUUUUGAUUAUGUAAUUUAUACCUUCCUAGAGAUUAGAGGCACCUACUAAAUAUAAAAAUCCUUCAAAUAUAUUUAUUGAAUAUUGGCUUAAUUUAUAUGGUUGCAAUCGAAUUUGAAUCGAAUACAAGUGCCUUUUUAUUCUGUGAUCAUAUAUUAGUAAAUGGUUUUUAUAAAUAACAUUUUGUAAUGCAAAGAAUAUUUUGUGCUACUUGAUUAUCUUCGUACAUUACUGUGAUUGUAAGGUGAAUAUCAAAGUAUUCACAAAUCUUUUCUCAUUGGGAAAUAAUUUAAACUCUCUAAUAAAAGGUGUACCCAAGAUUUGAUAAGAAUUAUUAUUA